ACAUCACACGCAGACCACCCCGUCUGAGUCUGGGCGCUGAACCUCCUCAGCCUCCUGACCACCAUGAAGCUCACUGUAGCUGCUGCCCUGGCCCUGGUCACCCUUUCUGUCCUCUGCAGCCCUGCAUCUGCAGAGAUCUGCCCCAGCUUCCUCCAAGCUCUGGAAGCCCUCCUUGUGGGCUCUGUGUCUGAUUAUGAAGCCGCCAUUGCCAUGUUCAUGCCUGAAAAAGACAUGAAAGAUGCAGGGGUCUACCUGAAGAUUCAGAUAGACAGCUUCCCCCCACAGACCAAAAAAGGCCUCCAAAAGCUCAUGCAAAAGAUGGCAACCAGCCCACUGUGCUCAGAGGAUUCCCAGGCUGAAGAUCUUCAUCCACAGAAGCCCUGACUGUCCUCAGAAGCUCCCUCCUCCCCUCCCUCCCAAAUAUCCCUCCCAGCAGCCCUGCCUCAGUCCCUCAAUAAAGCAUAAGCAUCUCA